UCAGUAUUUUAGUAAUAUAUAUUCUUACUAAAUGAUUAUUUAUUCAUUUCUGUGUCAUAUAAACAAUACUUCGAAUACGCUUAAAAAUCUUGGCUAUAUUUUACUUUUCUUGACAUUUCAACUUCUGGCUGAAAUUUCUUGUUUAAUAUUUCAGUAGCAGCUAUUUGGUAGUCUAUACUGUGAUUUGUAUAUAAAUUUAACUGAAAUAUAAAGGCAAAAUGGCAGGAGACCUUUGUCUUAUACCUGAUUCUGAACCCUUUACUUUGGGAGAAAAAAUUGGAACGGGUUCAUUCGCAACUGUUUACAAAGCUUUGGAUAAGAACACACACACAAUGAUAGCUAUCAAAUCUUAUAGAUUGAAGGUGAAAGAACGAAGUUAUUUUGAAAGGGCCGCUACUGAAAUUGCGUUUUUAAAGUUGCUAGAACAUCCGAAUAUUAUUUCAUAUAUAUGUUCGGAUAUAAAAAAGUAUUAUAUGUACCUUGGAAUAGAAUAUUCUAAAUAUGGGUGUUUAACAAAAUAUAUGGAAAAACGAGAUAAUCUGUCUGAACAAAGUGUACAAAUCAUAAUGAGACAACUUUUAUCCGCAAUAUGUUAUUUACAUAGUAAGAAUAUAUUUCAUGGAGAUAUAAAACCAGAAAACAUUAUCCUUAUUGAAGAGGAAGGUUUAAAAAUAAAACUGACUGACUUUGGACUGGCGGAGGUAAUAAUGAAAAAUCAGACUAUUCAAAAGAAGUCAGGUUCUUUCUUUUAUAUGUCUCCAGAAAUCCACCUUGGGUUUCCCGCCGAUUAUAAAUCUGAUCUAUUUUCGGCAGGAGUCUUAAUGUACGAAAUGCUUUAUGGUGAUAAACCGUAUCCCACUAAAAUUUCGAAAGAGGAAUAUAUAAGUUUGUUAAGGAAGAGAAUUUAUGUAAAGUUUCCAGAAGCGCAGUCUAUACUGUUGACUCCUGACUGCCUGAAUCUUUUGAGAAAUUUAAUAAGUUACGAUAAAGACAAGAGAUUAUCAGGCGUUAAUCUAUUAAAUCACCCAUUUUUAAAAGUUGACGUUGUAAAAGAUGAACAAAACCAUUACUUUAAAGCAUACGAGUGCUUUUUGAAUGGUGUCGAUCUAAUAAAGGAAAAGAAAUAUGGUACUGGAUACAUUGCAGUGAUAGAAGCCAUAUUACAUUUACAGAUACACUCCAUUGAGAUUGAGGAAGUAGGGCUCUAUAGGUACAUAUUAAUGAAACUUCGUGAAUUUACAAAAUUUUCUGAAAAAAUACUAGACAAGGUAAUCAAUAAUGGAUCCAUGGAAUCUCUUGACAUGCAUUCAGAUACUGAGAGACUAAGGUGUUUGUUACAAUCUUCACCAGAAUUAUUAACAGCUUACGACUUAUGUGUGGUUGGCGAAAUGUACUUUAUGCAAAAUGAUCUCCAGCGUGGGACAGAUCUUCUCAAAAACGGGUUACAAAUAUUGCUGAAUAAAAUGCCACAUGAACCAGAGGGUUUGAGGAGAAAGCUAUUAGGAGCUAAGAUGACCAAAUGGAUGAACAUUUUGGAAGAUUGCAACCAGGGACCUUCACAAUACAGGAGUUAACCUAAGCAGUAUCUAAUUGCGUUUGUUCUUGUUUAGUAUUAAUAAGUUUAGUAUUUCUCAGUUCCUAUUAGAUUUUAUGGGUUGCUGUACACGUGAUAGAUUUAAUAGCAAGUAAAACCGAGACUCAGGAGAAUCUUGUGAUAUUUUUGUUAGAAAAUGUUAUCUGUUACUAUUAUUUUAAUGUCCCGAUAUAUUCUUUGUUUAAUUUUGCACUGUAACCAAUAGUGAUAUUCGAACCCAGUUAGUUGUAAUGUUUGGCUGUUUGAUGUAAAAGUGUUCUCGCUUUUAUUGUCCGUCCUAGAUAUACCUAAACAAUGCAUUGAAAUUUCCGACUAAACGUGACUUUUAAAAUAUAUGACAUUUUUGUAUAAUUAGCUCGAUUUCAGUGAAUAAGUUGUGAACUUAUCAAAAAGUAUUUUAAAGUAAUAAAAUAUAUAAGACUGAUUCUCUUUUCAAAAAAUGUUUGUGAAACAAACAUAUAUUAACUGUUUCUAACGUGUUAAACUGAAGUGGUUUACGGUUAUUAGAAUGUUUGUUAUAUAAUGUAAUCGAAAAUAUUUCAAAAUGAGAAAUACUUUAAUUUCUGUUACAGCAACUGAGCACAAAGAUUCAAUCUUUAGUGUUUCAGUGGUUUUUCUCAGUUUGAAGUUUAUUUAUUUGUUCAUAGAAAUCAUAUAUUUUUGUAUUGUUGCCAGUUAGUGUUUAUAUGGCUGUGACGCAUUUAAUAGUUCAAUUUGUAUUUAAAAGAUCGUUUGAAAUA